GCUUAUAUAAACCCAAUCAACAACCACAUAACAACAAUGGUGCCAUUCGUAUUCUAUUCAAUAGUCAUUGCCGCUGCAAGUGCAUAUGAAGAGGACUACACCUGGCCUGAUUCACGAGAAGAUAGAUCUGCAGUUAAAAUACACGUAGGAGAUAGGAGAAAAAGAGCAAUUGAAAACGGACUAGUCGAGCUUGAUGUCGAUUACGCCCCGGGAGACUUCGUCGGAGAUAUAGCCGGAUCAUGCCUGUCAACAUUCCUCAUUAAAUUAAUCGAUUACAUCGGCGAUUCAAUUAGAGGAUGCAUAUCCAGGAAACGAAAGGAAAAAGGAUUGAAGGGAGAAAAGGGCGACGAUGAUGAUGCUCCAUACAUCAAAAAAGAAGAUGCAGAAAAGGAUAAGAAAGAAGAGGAUAAGGAUAAGAAGACCGUAACUGUAACCAUAUCAAAGAAAGAAAUCCCACCAACACCCCGUAAAGGUGAUAUAUAUCAGAGGCCCGUAGGCGUAGAAGAAUUGGAUAAAGAGUUAGCGAAGGAAGGAAAAGGUGCUGUGCCCCCAAUAGAUAAAAUAUCACAUUUCCCACCAGCUAUGCCACCCAAGGAAGAUAUACAUAAGAAACCCAUAAGAGAAGAAGAGAUGGAUAAACACAGGGAUGAUGGUGUAGCAAAGGGUGGACCGGGUAUGCCACCAAUAGUAAUUGUACCAGCAGAUGCACCAAAGUCACCUUCAGUAAUAGAUGGAUAUGAUAAAGGCGCAAAGAUAGAAGAUAUGGAUAGACACAGAGAUGAUGGUGUAGCAAAGGGUGGACGGGAUCUACCCCCAAUAGACAUAAUAUCAGAUUUCCCACCAGCUAUGCCACCCAAGGAAGAUAUACAUAAGAAACCCAUAAGAGAAGAAGAGAUGGAUAAACACAGGGAUGAUGGUGUAGCAAAGGGUGGACCGGGUAUGCCACCAAUAGUAAUUGUACCAGCAGAUGCACCAAAGUCACCUUCAGUAAUAGAUGGAUAUGAUAAAGGCGCAAAGAUAGAAGAUAUGGAUAGACACAGAGAUGAUGGUGUAGCAAAGGGUGGACGGGAUCUACCCCCAAUAGACAUAAUAUCAGAUUUCCCACCAGCUAUGCCACCCAAGGAAGAUAUACAUAAGAAACCCAUAAGAGAAGAAGAUAUGGGUGGAAAAGAGGGGAAACGCGAGGAUGAUAUACCAUCGAUAGAGGAAGAAGAAUUCGAUCUUAUCAUCGUUGGUGACGAACCCGAUAAGCUCAUGCAGUUCUUACCAUCGCAUAAAGGUGACUGCCCACUCGGAUCCAAAAAAUCACUUAGAGGACAUUGUAUAAAGGGAGCAUACAGUGCUUAAACAGAUAAAGUACGUCCAUUCUAAGACGACCAGUAAGCAAAUUAAACGAGCCCUCUAAAGACGUCACAUACAAUUUGCGAAAUCGCACAAAUCGGAUUUCAGUGAAAUGAACAAUCAACGAAAAGUAUAUUGCCUUUUAAGGGAAAUGGACAUUCAAUAAAAAGGAUAAAUGGAGUAAAGCAAAGAAUUUGCAUGGUUUUUAAAUGCAGCAAUAUAGGCAUAGUGGGACAAACAAUUAUAGCAUCUCGCUUAAACAAACGG